AUGGCGACUACGACUGAUUCGAAGGCGCCUGUGCGCCAAGUAAAACGAGUGCAGUUUGGUAUAUUAUCCCCAGAUGAAAUUCGUCGUAUGUCUGUCACGGAAGGGGGCAUACGCUUCCCAGAAACAAUGGAGGGUGGACGACCAAAGCUUGGAGGUCUUAUGGACCCACGGCAAGGGGUGAUCGAUAGAACAUCUAGAUGUCAGACUUGUGCGGGAAAUAUGACUGAGUGUCCUGGUCAUUUUGGGCAUAUAGAUUUGGCUAAGCCAGUAUUCCACAUAGGAUUCAUCACAAAAACCAUAAAAAUUUUGAGAUGUGUCUGUUUUUACUGUUCCAAACUUCUUGUCAGUCCGACAAAUCCCAAAAUAAAAGAAGUAGUAAUGAAAUCUAAAGGGCAACCACGUAAACGAUUGACUUAUGUUUAUGACUUAUGUAAAGGAAAAAAUAUUUGUGAAGGUGGUGAAGAUAUGGAUAUUGGUAAAGAAGGUGAAGAGGGUAAAAAAGGCUCUGGUCAUGGUGGUUGUGGUCACUAUCAGCCUUCAAUCAGACGGCAAGGUCUAGACCUCACAGCUGAAUGGAAACAUGCAAAUGAAGAUACUCAAGAGAAAAAAAUAAUUAUAACUGCAGAACGGGUCUGGGAAAUAUUGAAACAAAUAACAGAUGAAGAGUCCUUUAUACUGGGUAUGGAUCCAAAGUUUGCUAGACCUGAUUGGAUGAUAGUAACAGUUUUACCUGUACCACCAUUGUCUGUUAGACCUGCGGUUGUCAUGUUUGGGUCUGCCAAAAAUCAAGAUGAUUUGACCCAUAAACUGGCUGAUAUUAUUAAAGCAAAUAAUGAACUGAUGAGGAAUGAACAAACUGGCGCUGCUGCUCAUGUUUUAGCUGACAAUAUUAGGAUGUUACAGUUCCAUGUUGCCACAUUUGUAGAUAAUGAUAUGCCUGGCAUGCCAAAAGCUAUGCAGAAAUCUGGAAAGCCACUUAAAGCCAUUAAAGCUCGACUUAAAGGAAAAGAGGGGAGAAUCAGAGGAAAUCUUAUGGGGAAGCGUGUAGAUUUUUCAGCCAGAACUGUCAUUACACCGGAUCCCAAUCUUCGUAUUGAUCAAGUAGGGGUUCCAAGGUCUAUAGCUCAAAAUUUGACAUUCCCGGAACUAGUGACGCCAUUUAACAUUGAUAGGAUGCAGGAAUUAGUAAGGAGAGGUAACGCGCAAUAUCCUGGUGCUAAAUAUAUAGUUCGUGACAAUGGAGAACGUAUUGAUUUGAGGUUCCAUCCCAAACCUUCUGACCUUCAUUUACAGUAUGGUUAUAAAGUUGAACGUCAUUUGCGUGACGACGAUUUAGUUAUAUUUAAUAGGCAACCGACACUUCACAAAAUGAGUAUGAUGGGUCACAGAGUUAAAGUGUUACCAUGGUCAACAUUCCGUAUGAAUUUGAGUUGUACUUCGCCAUACAACGCCGAUUUUGAUGGUGAUGAAAUGAAUUUGCAUGUCCCGCAGUCAAUGGAGACACGGGCCGAAGUUGAAAACAUUCAUAUUACACCCAGGCAGAUCAUAACUCCUCAAGCAAAUAAACCUGUCAUGGGUAUUGUACAGGACACACUCACAGCUGUUAGAAAAAUGACUAAACGAGAUGUGUUUCUGACAAAAGAACAGGUAAUGAAUCUUCUUAUGUUUUUGCCUACAUGGGAUGGCAAAAUUCCCCAACCUUGCAUCCUGAAGCCAACACCCCUCUGGACUGGCAAACAAAUAUUUACCCUGAUCAUUCCUGGUAAUGUGAAUAUGAUUAGAACACAUUCUACACAUCCUGAUGAAGAAGAUGAUGGCCCCUAUAAAUGGAUAUCCCCCGGAGACACAAAAGUCAUUGUAGACCAUGGAGAACUACUAAUGGGUAUAUUGUGUAAAAAAUCACUCGGUGCCUCGGCUGGAUCACUUCUGCAUAUUUGUAUGUUGGAAUUAGGACACGAAACGGCAGGACGGUUUUAUGGUAAUAUUCAAACAGUAAUUAACAACUGGCUCCUUCUAGAAGGUCACUCAAUUGGUAUUGGAGAUACUAUUGCUGAUCCGCAAACAUAUCAAGAAAUUAAAAAUACUAUCGUGAAAGCCAAAGAUGAUGUAAUAGAGGUUAUACAGAAAGCCCACAACAUGGAAUUGGAGCCGACUCCCGGUAAUACCCUGAGGCAAACCUUCGAAAAUCAAGUAAAUCGUAUAUUGAAUGACGCUCGUGACAAAACUGGAGGUUCAGCUAAAAAAUCUCUCACUGAAUACAACAAUCUCAAAGCUAUGGUGGUCUCCGGUUCAAAAGGAUCUAACAUUAACAUUUCUCAGGUUAUCGCUUGUGUGGGUCAACAGAAUGUGGAAGGUAAACGUAUUCCAUUCGGUUUCCGUAAAAGGACAUUGCCGCAUUUCAUUAAAGACGAUUAUGGUCCCGAAUCAAGGGGCUUUGUAGAAAACUCUUAUCUUGCUGGUUUGACACCUUCGGAGUUUUACUUCCACGCUAUGGGAGGUCGUGAAGGUCUUAUUGAUACUGCUGUAAAAACUGCUGAAACAGGAUAUAUUCAACGACGUCUCAUAAAGGCUAUGGAGUCUGUUAUGGUUAAUUAUGAUGGCACUGUUAGAAACUCUGUUGGUCAACUCAUCCAGUUACGUUAUGGAGAAGAUGGUUUAGCGGGAGAAACCGUCGAGUUCCAAAACCUACCAACAAUCAAGCUAUCAAAUAAAGCUUUUGAAAAGAAGUUUAAGUUUGAUCCCACAAAUGAAAGAUACUUGAAGAGAAUCUUCAAUGAGGAUAUCAUUAAAGAACUUACAGAAUCUGGAUAUGUUAUUGGAGAUUUAGAAAGCGAGUGGGAUCAACUAGGAAAGGACAGAUCGGUGUUGCGAGAAAUUUUCCCAAGUGGAGAAUCAAAAGUUGUGUUACCCUGUAACUUUAAGAGAAUGAUUUGGAAUGUGCAAAAAAUUUUCCAUAUUAAUAAGAGAUCGACUACUGAUUUAAGUCCAAUAAAAGUUAUUCAAUCUGUAAGAGAUUUAUUAAAGAAAUGUGUUAUUGUGGCUGGAGAGGAUCGCCUUUCGAAACAAGCCAAUGAAAAUGCGACUUUACUCUUCCAAUGCCUUGUGAGGUCAACUUUGUGCGCUAAGCUUGUAUCAGAAGAUUAUCGGCUCUCAACAGAAGCUUUCGAGUGGUUGAUAGGAGAAAUCGAAACUCGUUUUCAACAAGCUCAAGCAAACCCAGGUGAAAUGGUAGGAGCCCUAGCUGCUCAAUCUCUGGGAGAACCAGCUACUCAGAUGACAUUGAACACCUUCCACUUUGCUGGAGUCUCCUCCAAAAAUGUAACUCUCGGUGUGCCUCGUCUAAAAGAAAUUAUAAAUAUAUCCAAGAAGCCUAAAGCUCCCUCUCUCACUGUAUUUCUAACUGGUGGAGCUGCUCGAGAUGCAGAAAAAGCUAAAAACGUUUUGUGUCGUUUGGAACACACAACUUUACGAAAAGUAACGGCAAACACUGCUAUAUACUACGAUCCCGACCCACAGAACACUGUUAUUGGUGAAGAUCAAGAGUUUGUCAAUGUUUACUAUGAAAUGCCUGACUUUGAUCCCACCAAAAUAUCUCCAUGGCUGUUGCGUAUUGAGCUGGACCGUAAGAGAAUGACUGACAAGAAGCUUACUAUGGAACAAAUUGCAGAAAAAAUCAAUGCGGGCUUUGGAGAUGAUCUUAACUGCAUAUUCAACGACGAUAAUGCCGAAAAACUGGUUCUUCGUAUAAGAAUUAUGAACAAUGAAGAGAGUAAAUUCCAAGACAAUGACGAGGAAACUGUUGAUAAGAUGGAAGAUGAUAUGUUCCUAAGAUGUAUUGAAGCAAAUAUGUUGUCUGACAUGACUUUACAAGGUAUUGAAGCGAUAGCCAAAGUUUAUAUGCAUUUGCCGCAAACUGAAGCUAAGAAACGUAUAGUUAUUACGGAACAGGGAGAAUUCAAGGCAAUUGCAGAGUGGCUGUUGGAAACGGAUGGAACAUCUUUGAUGAAAGUACUUUCCGAGCGAGAUGUAGAUCCGAUAAGAACCUUUAGUAACGAUAUCUGUGAGAUAUUCCAAGUGUUAGGUAUCGAGGCGGUACGAAAAUCUGUUGAAAAAGAAAUGAAUGCUGUAUUGCAGUUCUAUGGUCUAUAUGUAAACUACCGCCACUUGGCUUUGCUUUGUGACGUAAUGACUGCUAAAGGUCACCUUAUGGCCAUUACUCGUCACGGCAUUAACAGGCAAGACACUGGCGCGUUGAUGAGAUGUUCCUUCGAAGAAACUGUAGACGUAUUGCUCGACGCUGCGAGCCACGCCGAAGUAGAUCCUAUGAGAGGCGUUUCUGAGAAUAUUAUCAUGGGACAACUCCCUAGAAUGGGAACAGGAUGUUUUGAUUUACUACUGGAUGCUGAAAAAUGUAAGCACGGCAUGGAAAUGGGUGGAUUGGGCGUAGGCUUGGGAGUAGGUGGCGGAAUGUACUUCGGAGUCGGCACACCAUCCAUGACUCCGCUUAUGACUCCUUGGUCGAACCAGAAUACUCCUGGCUAUGGUAGCAGUGUUUGGUCUCCUGGACCGGUGGGUAGCAGUAUGACUCCGGGUCCAUCAUUCUCACCAUCAGGUGCAUCUGACGCUUCGGGAAUGUCUCCUUCGUAUAGCAGCGCUUGGUCGCCACAGCCCGGCUCUCCCGGUUCUCCUGGAGCCCCGUUGUCACCUUACGCUUCGCCAGCCGGCGUUUCUCCGUCGUACUCUCCCACAAGUCCUGUCUAUGCUGCUCCGUCCCCCAGUCUCAUCCCAACUUCCCCACACUACUCACCCACAAGCCCGUCCUAUUCUCCAACCUCACCUAACUAUUCCCCAACCUCUCCUAUUUACACCCCAACUUCUCCAAGUUACUCACCUACCUCCCCUGGCUAUUCGCCUACAUCCCCAUCAUAUUCACCUACUUCGCCGAGCUACUCCCCUACGUCCCCGAGUUACUCACCUACUAGCCCGGCAUAUUCCCCAACCUCUCCUAGUUAUUCGCCAACUUCACCGAGCUACUCACCAACAAGCUCAUCCUAUUCUCCGACGAGUCCGUCUUAUUCGCCGAGUCCAGCUUACUCGCCGACUUCUCCGGGCUACUCGCCGACUUCACCGAGAUAUUCUCCGAAUAGUCCAGUUUACACUUCCGGGGCACACAGUUACUCCUCGUCAUCACCAAAUUACACGCCCACAUCACCAGCCUAUUCACCCACAAAUCAUUCUUAUUCUCCGACCUCACCUAAUAACUAUUCACCGACAUCACGCAAUUACUCGCCUUCAUCACCCAAAUAUUUUUCGACAUCUCCAAAGUAUUCGCCGACAUCGCCAUCGGUAUCAGGAGGUAGUCCUAGAUAUUCGCCGAACAGUCUUCAGUACUCUCCAACAAGCCCGCAAUAUUCACCUAGCCCGGCGUACUCUCCUUCGUCCCCGCAACAUUCCGGAACCUCGCAUUAUUCACCAUCCUCACCAAAUUACUCACCGUCUUCGCCAAACUAUUCAUCUCCUGGAUAUUCUCCGUCCUCCUCUAAAUAUUCCCCAACAUCGCCAACAUUCACGCCAACCUCAAAUAAUUAUUCGCCAUCAUCCCCGGCCUAUUCUCCGGCUUCCGGUGGACCAUCAACUUACUCUCCAACUUCUCCUACAUCCCCUACUUAUACACCUACUUCACCUAAUUAUGAAGAAGAUGAUGAUUGA